UAACAGUCAUAGUCAAUAAGUUUGUGCAUUUUGUAUGAAAAUUACUCUUUUUAAAAUAUUUUACUGUUUGCUAUUGUUAGUGAAAGGUACGAUUGAGAGUUUUGCGGCAAUUUUACAACAGACCGCACAAUACAUAUUGGAUUUGGAAAGUGAGAAAACUCAGCUGUUAUCACAAAACAGUCAACUAAAACGACAGCAUUGUCAACAUGAAGGUUGUACUAAUACACCAAAAUCAGAUAAUUCUACUGGAAAUGCAACAGGAAUUAAUAGUAUUGGACCAGAAACUGUAACAGCGUUGAAAAAACGUAAAUUAACUGAUAGUGUUAUAUCGAUGCAAGCAAUUUCUGAUUCAUCUGAUGAAGGAUUGGGUUCAAUGUCGCCUGAACCAGUUACCUUGAUAACGGCUUCUGGUGUACAAAUUCAAACUAAUAAGCCCGUUUCUGCCACUAAUGCAGCUACAGCAUACAUCAGUAGUACAGCAAAAGAAGUUAAUGAAUUAAAAGUUCGUUUGGAAAAUGAGCGUAAACGUCGACGUUUAACUGAAGAACGUGUUCGAAUUUUGGAAAAGAAAUUACAUUUAUUUGGACAAGAUAGACAAGUACAACAUCAACAUCAUUACAGUAUUCAACGUGAAGUUAUUGAACAUACUGAUAAUAUACGUGAGGAAGACUAUGAGCAGCACAUAAUACAUCAACCAAUUUAUACAGAACAAGAGGAAAUAAAGAUUGAUCCAACUAAGCUACAAGUUGUUGAAUUAAAUGAUAUUCCAAAUGUUGGUCAAACUCAAGUCGUUAUUUGUUCACAAAUGGAAGAUAUGCAGGACGAUGAAGCAGCUGAGAUAAUUACAGCUGAUAUACAAAACAUACGCGAAGAGGUUAUUAUGACUGAUGAAAAUACAGAAAUUUUGGAAGUUCCAUCACGUUUACAGCCAAUUUUAGAAGCUGCAAUUAAAGCUGAACCAAAAGUUGAAGUUGAGCGUAUUAACGCAACCUUGACUAAGCGCAAUGAUGAUGGGAAACGUAUGUAUUUAACAAGUACAUCAAGGCAGAAUUUAGAAACAAUUGUUGAAGCAAUUAGGCAUUUGGAGGGUGAUCAUUUAUUUGCUGACAGUUCGCAAAUCGAACAAGAACAACUUAAAAAAUCCCCACAGGAGACACCACUUGCAUUAACGACAUCAGUUAAACAACAUCAAAUUCAAACGCAAGCACAGCAACAGCAACAACCCCAAAUUCAUCAAGUUCAUACACAAGCAUUAACGACUCAACAACAGAGAAAGCUUACAAGUGAUUUGAGUCCGUUCCUACAAUUGAAAGCAAAAACAGCGAAUGUAACCAUAGUUGGUAAAACAGCAAGUAGCAUAAACAAUAGUAGUAUAAGCCAGAGUAGUUUAAGUAAUCCCACCAGUAGUACACUAUCUGGAAAUAGUUCCGGUACAAUCACAUUAAAGCAACAUCCAACGACGACGCAGUCGCAGAUCGCACCUUCAACAAUAAUUACAACACAAUUGAAACAAUGUCGACCUGGUGUUAUUGUUGCCAAACAAGUCUCUUGAUUUAAUAAAUUAAAUAACAAACACAUAGUAUCAUCAUUAUCAUCAAAUCCAGUUCAAAACUCG